ACCGGUGGGUACCAGUCUUCAAAGAUAGAAAUACGCCAUUUUGUUACAAAGAGUGGCAAGAGAGAAAAGUAAUUUGUUCAAGAAUGGCAGAUACGCAAUACAUGCAAGAGCAACAGUUUCCAGACUCGAGACUUGAUGGUGAAAAGGAGAGGUCUCGUGACCGAGAAAGGAAGCGAUCUCGAUCACCAAGGAAACGAGCAGGAAGCAAAGAGAGAAAACGAUCCCGAUCACGAGAACGAGAACGACGUCCCAGGCGAUCUAGAAGUCGAUCAAAGGAGAGGGGGGGAGGAGGCGCAGGGGGAGGAGGCGCAGGGGGAGGAGUCGCAGGAGGUGCAGGAACUCGGAGGAAGAAGAAGCCAUACAAAUACUGGGAUAUCCCUCCCCCAGGCUUUGAGCACAUCACUCCCAUGCAGUACAAGGCCAUGCAGGGUACUAUGCCAGGAGUUCCAGUUGCAUCACUCCCCAAACCAGAGCCACCACCAUUUGGAAUGUCAAUGGAUGCAUUUAAUGCACCAGGAUCUACAUCAAUGCCCUCAAUGGUGCCCCCAGUGAUUCCUGCGGUGAUUCCUGCGGUGAUCCCCCCUAAUGCUGUCGUCCCCCCUCCUGCCAUGGCUCCCAACGUGACCAACACCACAGUUCCCUUUGCUGGCAGUGCCAUCAGUCGGCAGGCUCGUCGCUUGUAUGUCGGCAACAUUCCAUUCGGUGUUACAGAGGAAGCGAUGAUGGAUUUCUUCAACCAACAGAUGAAGUUGACAGGACUUGCCCAGGCUGAUGGAAACCCUGUCAUAGCAGUGCAGAUAAACUUAGACAAAAACUUUGCUUUCCUCGAGUUCCGGUCAGUGGAUGAAACAACACAAGCCAUGGCGUUUGAUGGGAUUAAUUUUCAGGGACAGUCGUUGAAGAUUCGACGGCCACGUGAUUAUCAACCUCUCCCAGGCAUGGCCGAAACGCCCUCAGUGGCUGUGCCAGGUGUUGUUUCAACUGUGGUGCAGGACUCGCCUCACAAAGUGUUUAUCGGUGGACUUCCGAACUAUCUGAAUGAAGACCAGGUCAAAGAACUGUUGACAUCGUUUGGUCCACUGAAGGCUUUCAACUUGGUAAAAGACAGCGCUACUGGACUCUCUAAAGGAUACGCAUUCUGUGAAUAUGUAGAAGUGUCUGUUACAGACCAGUCAUGCGCUGGUUUGAAUGGUAUGCAGCUAGGAGAUAAGAAACUUAUUGUGCAAAGAGCCAGUGUUGGGGCCAAGAAUGCUGGAAAUGCUCCGGUUCAGCUGCAGGUCCCGGGCUUGAAUCUGACGCAGGGCUCGGGUCCGGCCACCGAGGUGCUCUGUCUGAUGAACAUGAUCCUGCCCGAGGAGCUGGAGGAUGAAGAAGAAUACGAAGAUAUAGUUGAAGAUGUCAAAGAGGAAUGUGGGAAGUAUGGUGUAGUCCGCAGCCUUGAAAUCCCACGCCCCAUCAAAGGUGUGGAGGUUCCGGGUUUGGGCAAGAUAUUUGUCGAGUUCAAUUCAGUAAUCGACUGCCAGAAGGCACAACAAGCUCUAACAGGAAGAAAGUUCUCAAAUCGUGUUGUUGUCACUUCAUAUUACGACCCCGACAGAUAUCAUCGACGAGAAUUCUGAUUGGUUGUUUUGAAACCGGUGUGGUUUUGCUGUACAAUCAAACUGAUGGGUUCUUGUUAACAGGACGUGGAUGUGGCACAGCAUUUUAAUAAAUGUGUUAUUACUGCAUGAUAUUGUUGACACUUUUACACGUGCUUCACCCAUUUGAAGCGAAAUGUGUAGAUAAAGAUAUUGAAAUGAUUUGUUAAAAGAAAGUGGAUUCACGCGGGCCAUCGUCAGGAAUUUUGGUGCGUUCUGUAGCUGGUUAUAUUCGGAUUAAUGAAAUUUACAUCCAUAUAUGCAGCAGAUUAUGGUGAAAAUUUAUGCUGAAAAAAAGAAUGUCAUUAAAUUGGAGACAGAAAAUAGUGGGGAAAUAUUUACAAUGAAGCAGAUAUUGGUUUUGGUUUUUUAAAGAAGACAUGUCUAUAGGUAGUUUCUGAUAGCAAUUAUUAUUUCUUUCUUAUGUUUUUUUUUGGGGGUGGGGGGGGGUUGUAGGGUGGGGCUUCUUCUGUUUAAGAACAAUGUGUCCAUCAUUUACCCCAUGGUGUGGUGGAGUAGGGGGAAAUCACACGAGGACAAUGUUGUCCUCUGUUGUAUGAAAAUAUGUAAAAAACUUCGUUCACAUAUUCCUAAUUUGAAAAAUGCUAAUAUUUCUGACAUCUUUGAUCAAUAAAAAAUAUGUAUAUUACUUUGGCUGAAAACAACAGUAUUUCAUCAAACUCGGUGUGCUAGAAACAGCUGUUUUCAUAGUUAUUUGUUCGAGAUAAACCUUUUUUUUUUUUUUUUUUUUUUUUUAAAGUUUCUUAAUUUUAGUGUUCUUUUUUUUUUUUUUUUUAAGUUUCUUAAUUUUAGUGUUCCUUCAAAACUGCUCCAGUCUUUGUUCUUUGUUCACAGUAGCCACUACAUUUCAAGACACUGUAAAAAAAUUCAUAUUUUUGGUGGUUCUUGGCAUACUCCUUUUGACAUGGGGUAAUCUAUAUAUACUUCGUUUUCAUUUUAUAUACAUUCUUCUCCAAAAUUAUUUGGGUAAAAUUUCAUACUUAUUUCAUUCUUCAUAUUACAUUCAUAAAAAGUGUUGUGUACGAUAUUUUAUUUUAUUGGGGAGAUUUGAUGUGUUUUGUACUGGAGUAACAUAAAUAUGCACUUAUUGUGACAGGCUUGGAUAUUUUCAUUUCCCAGUGAGAUGUGUAGUGUCCUGAGCUUCAUAAAUAAUUGUGCCGUUUCACUUCAAUUUUAUCUGUCCCGUUUAUUUUAAAAUUCCCAGUCGCUGCUUGUUAUUGUUCAUUUGUCUCAUCUUUUACCACAUGCCAAUUUGAAAAAAAUAAACCUACUAUCAUACUU